AUGAUUCCCCAUGUUUUGAAUACGCACAUAUUUUACUGAAGCCUAUGGGUGCCCGCUGGUUAUAGUGUAUGACAGCAGUCAUUCCACGAGCACCGUCUUCAGAGUCACUGCGUGUCCUUUGACCUCUGUCGCUUCUAAAAUAGAGAAAGGACCUUGUGGAGACUUGAGUCAGAGUUGCAGUUGUUGACUGCGCAGUUUUGGCCGUCAGUCAAAGAGUUUGGCACGUUGGGCUUCUGAGGUGAAGUAGCUACGUAAUACGUGAAACGUUUUGCUGCAGGAGUUGCGAUGUUUGUCUUAUCGCGGACACAAAGUUCGCAUAACUUGUAACUUUUGGACAAAACGAGCUUCUCCUGAGGGAACUGAAGACGACACUUGAUAGGUAGAAGACUCUUCACAUUACUCCAGUUGCUCGUCUAAUGGGUCUUCUGUGCCUUACAAAUCCCAAGUGACGCCAGUUGAUCUGCAUCAACACAUUCUCCUGAUCUCUAGAUUCUCCAUCAACCAGUGGAGGGAGAUGAGGGGGGUUGGGAGCCUGCAGCUUGUUCUGCUUUUGGCCUUGACCUCCACAGCCACAGACCUCAACAUCCCUCUGGAAGUGGAGCAGCCUCCAACUAUAAUAACUCACACAGCUGGUCCCAUUAUUGCCCUUCCUUUUGACAAGACCAUUACUAUCAGGUGUGAAGCCAGGGGCAACCCUCCACCAGAAUACAGAUGGACAAAAGAUGGCAAAGAAACAGACCACACAAAUGGAACUUUAGUGCUUCAAAUCGAGCACCUUGAAAAGUAUCGCGGUAAAUACAGAUGCUACACUUCUAACAAGCUGGGAACUGCCAUGACUGAGGAGAUUGAACUGAGAGUUCCUAGUGUCCCCAAAUUUCCGAAGGAGUAUAAUUCCCCUAUUGUUGUUAAGGAGGGAGAGCCAAUCACCCUGGAGUGUAACCCUCCAGAAGGCGUGGCCCCACGUAAGAUCUACUGGAUGACCCUUGGUCUCGAGCACAUUGAGCAGGAUGAGAGGGUUUCCAUGGGCAUUGAUGGCAACCUGUACUUCUCUAAUGCCUUACAGAAAGACACUCGUCAGGACUACUGUUGCUUUGCUGCCUUCUCCAAAAUACGCACCAUCGCCCAGAAAACCGCCAUGGCUGUCGUGGUCAAGAGCUUGAAACGUGGCAAUGAAUCUGCUGACAGUGACAAUGCCACUGAAGCCCCUGCACUGAGAAUGCCUGGCCUGCUGCUGCCCUCUGGUGUUCAGACAGAGAUGGUGCUGUUGAAGGGAGAGCAUCUCCAGCUUGAGUGUAUACCACAGGGAUAUCCCACUCCAAAGAUAAGCUGGAUGAAAAUGGGAGAAAAGCUGCCUCCACGGACAAAAUAUGACAACUUUGGAAAGGUGUUGUCCUUAUCUGGUGUAGAUGAGAGAGAUGCUGGGAAAUACUUGUGUAAAGCCCAAAACUCUGCUGGAGAGGCUGUUCACUACUUUGAUGUAAUAGUGGAAGAGCCACCAAAGUGGCAGACAGAGCCUCCUCCGAGCCAGCUGACCGUGAUCGGGUCUGAUGUUUACAUCAAGUGCUCGGUCAGUGGAAAGCCACAGCCAGAGAUAACAUGGAGGAGGAAUGGAGAGUUUUUCAGAGAUGACCCAGAGAACAACAGGCGAGUGCUCGAUGACACUGUGGUGCUCCAUAAUGCCAGACCAGAGGACAGUGCUGUCUACCAGUGUGAAGCCUCCAAUGAUCAUGGCAGUGUUCUGGCCAACAUUAACAUCAUGGUCAUAAAUAUGGCUCCUCGGAUAUUGACAAGGGAUAACCAAGAGUACGCUGUAGUACUAGGAGGGGAUGUCAUCAUGAACUGCAGUGUUUUCAGCUCUCCACCAUCAAACAUAUCAUGGUCCAAUGAUGAUAAAGCCAUCGAGGGAGAACGAUUUCUUGCUCUGAGUGGAUCUUUGCAAAUCAUUGGUGCAGAAAAAAACGACAGUGGGAAAUAUGUGUGUGUCGCCUCUAACACAGAGGGCAAGUCAGCUGUCACUGCUUAUCUGGAUGUGAAAGACCCUACAAAAAUAGUAAUUCCACCUCAGGACUUGCAGAUCAUCAGUGGGACCACAGCCCAGUUGAAGUGCCAGGCAGAGUAUGAUAAAAGCCUGCGGGGUGCCUUUGAGGUGGUAUGGAGGAAGGAUGGUGAGGAGAUCCCACUUUCCUUUGAGGAACAUUCCAGAUACUUUGUGGACGAUGGCAUGCUGCAGAUCAUGAAUGUGAACCAGAGCGAUCAGGGAAUAUACACAUGCAUUGCUAGAACCAGCAUAGACGAGGACAAUGCUACUGCACUACUCACCGUGCUGGACAUUCCUGAUGCUCCAAAAAAUAUAAAGAUAUCUGAACUCAAGAGUCCGAGAAAUGUUCACCUGUCUUGGAUACCUGGGAGUGAUCACAACAGCUCUGUAACAGAAUUUAUAGUGGAGUACGAGGAGAACCAAUGGGAGCCUGGCAGGUGGAAGGAGCUACAGAAAGUUCCCGGUAACCAGGCAACAGCCGAGCUAUCACUACGUGGACACCUUAACUACCAGUUCAGAGUGUAUGCUGUUAAUGCUGUUGGACCUGGACCCCCCAGUGAGCCCACUGAGAGAUACAAAACACCCCCUGCUGCUCCUGAGAGGAACCCAGAAAACAUCAAAAUUCAAGGCCAUCUUCCUCAUGAAAUGGAAAUUAGCUGGGAGCCGCUGUUGCCUAUUGAACACAAUGGGCCAGGCCUGGAGUACAAGGUGAGCUACAGGAAACUGGGGGUGGAAGAUGACUGGAGGGAGCAUCUGGUCAAAAGACACUCCUUUACCGUGAGGAACACGUCCACUUUUAUUCCCUACGAGAUCAAAAUUCAGAGCAGGAACAGCCACGGCUGGGGACCAGAUCCUAAAGUUGUUACUGGUUACUCUGGUGAAGAUGUCCCGACUGCCGAACCACGGGACGUAGCAGUGGAGGUGAUCAACACCACUGUUCUGAGAGUUAGCUGGACCCCGGCUCCACCUGCCACAGCGAGAGGUCAUCUAGGGGGCUAUGAUGUUCACUGGUCAAGGAAACGGAGUUUGCUGAAUCCCAACAAGAUUUUAGAUGAGCGCCAGACCAUGUCUUUUCCUGGGAAGAGGACUCAUGCCAUUGUACCGGGCCUCAAACCUUUCUCUGAGUACAGACUCACUGUCAAUGUUUUCAACAAGAAGGGCAAUGGGCCCAACAGUGACCCGGUCACCUUCAACACUCCAGAGGGAGUUCCUGCGCAAUUGCCCAUCCUGACUGCCUCCAAUGCCCAGAAAGAUUCCAUUUUGCUGGUAUGGGGCCCACCGCUGGAGACAAACGGCAUCCUCACUGGUUAUCUCCUGCAGUACCACCUCAUUAAUGAGACCACACUGGAGGUGGUUGAUUCCCAGGAGAAGAACAUCACUGAGGCUGACACCACCCAGUGGCAGGUUCAGGGCUUAGAGGAGGGCAGACUCUACCGCUUCCACCUCAGUGCCUGCACUCGAGCAGGUUGUGGACCUGCGCUGGCUCAGGAGAGCAGCACCGUUGCUCAAGCACAAGGAUAAGACAAUCCUGAUCCAAAUUGGUGCAGUCCGCUGUAUGUCUUGCUGUCAGCAUAUGCAUUCUACCACUAGGGUGUGUCAAAGCCAAACAUUUUCAAAUUCUGCACAAAUUGUAACUUUAAUUUAUGUCUUUCAUAAAUCAAAGCAAUGCAGAUUCUGUCUGUUUUAGUUUAGCUCUUUAUUAACACUUAAUUCAGACAACAUUGAAAACAUUACCUAACACCAUUAAGUUUAGCUGCUUUUGGCAGGUGUUUAUUUCAGCCCUCACUAUAAACGGUGAACAUUUGUGCUAGAAUUUCCCAACGGUUCAAAGUUCCUGGAAAACUUCCCCAUCCAUUACUCGGCAAGCAAGAAAAUAUGAACGCAUGCAACAAAUAUGUUUCCACUAUCUCUAAAUGUUUUAAUAAAAGUUAUUCAUUCCUCUCUGGUUUUAUAUUUCCUUUGAGAGGCUCUGCAUCUUGUGGAUGUCCAGCCUGAGAGCCAUUAGAUGCAUUGCUUGUAAAUGUGGCUGAGUAGCGGCUCGGUGGGGGGAUAAAAUGGUUCUGUUUCGGAGCGCCAUCCUCAGGGCAUGCUAGUCACAAUGCAGCAGAGCAGAUUUAUGGAUGCCAAUUACACGGAGCAGAGGCACAAUGAUUUAGAUUCGCUGAUGGGGAGUGAUGGAGUGACACUGAAAAAAAAUCAAUGCAUGUGAGUAAGUGAGCCCAGUCUAUGAAGUGCUUCUUUUAGAUUUCACCUUUGUGACAGAAGAAGCUUUUAAUGCUUAUCGCCAUUUACAACAGUAGCUUUAACAUUAUCUGGACAGCGUGACACACUAGAACAAAAAAACAGCCAUAGAGGUAUCAGCAGAUGUGUGACCUUGUUUCUAUGUUUGAAAGGCUUAUAAUGAAAAGAGAGUGGCUGAAGUGAGAGACAAAAAAAAAAAAAAAAACAGAAGGAUGGGGUGAAGCAUCUGUGAGAAAGCAGGAAAAACUGAUAGAGAACAGCAAAUAGCUAUAGCAGAAGAGUGUGGCAGACAGAGAACAAAUAUCUAUUUUUCUCCAUCAGGUCUCAUGAGAUAAAGCAAAAGAGAUAAAGCGGACUGCAAACAUGACAAAAAACACAGAGGAGCAUAUACCUCUUAAGUCACACAAAAAUAACCAGCUCCUCCAGAGACUGAAUUAUUUGCUCCCUGCAUUGAACGCCCAAGUUGUUAUCGCUGACAAAGCCUACAUGUAUUUGCUAAUGGCUUGGACUUAAUGUUUGUUUAGUUAGAAACAUAAUAGUCAAGAGCUGAUCCAUCUUCACUGCAGUUAGCUCAGGAUUCAGCAAUCAGAGCAGAAGAGUCUGUCACUGUAUAGGAGUGUGGAUUAUACCAACUCAGUUUAUCAGACUCCAACAUUGUGAAAAAAAAAAUCUAACUAAGUGACAAAUAAUCCAAACUCUAGUAUAUAAAUAGUUAUUUAAUAAUCACUUGUCUUUAUGUGUUAAAGUGCAUAUAUGAAUACUAUAUACCGCACAUUAUACUGUUUGGCAGUCAGUAUGCAAGAAAUUAAUUUAAAGCUGCUCAAUAUUUUUGGAAUAACAAUGAAAUCAACAAACACUGGGACAAUAUAAAAAUGGAUCAUUAUCACCUAAAUCUGCAGCUACAUUCCUCUUUGUGGAGCUUCAUAGCAAGUUUUAGCUCUUCGUUGUCUGGCCUGCAAAUUUACUGUUGUAUAUCACUCUCACCCCUCACAUGCUUUUCCACCCAAAGCACAGAGCUGUUUUUGAGUGAAAAAGCUCUCAAAACACUCAGUAUACUAUCUGCUCAGCACCAAAUGGCAAAUAAACCCAGUAGCUGCCCCCAGGUGGUAAAGCAUAACCCAGUUACUGCAGGUUUAAGAAACGAUAUGUGUGUGACGGUGGAUAUCCAAUCCAAUCUGAUUUCAGAACUUGACAAUUACAAAUUUGGAAUUUUGGUGAACAAAAUGCUAAAUUGAAAAAAAAUGCAAAGAUCCCCAAACCUCCAAUAUAUUCCUGGGUUAUUUUUUGAGUAGCUUCCUAAUGUUUUUAUACAUUACAUUGUGGGGUAUUUUUGUCUACCAACAUGACAACCAAUCAACUGACAUCAAUAGAGUGUACUGCAUUUGUCAUGAAAUACACUACAUACUCAAUUCAUUUGCGAAGACAAUCUUUUGUCUCCAUAGUUCCGUCUGGUGGUGCAGCUUUCCCACCAUUCACCAAAUCCAAAAUACCACGAACAAACAGAUCACUUGUGCAGACAUUGUGUGGUUGGACUUGUGAGGAUGCACCGCCCACAUAUUUGUGUGUGUGUGUGUG